CCAGUCGUCACUUCCGGUGAAGAAAAGGAAAAUCGGUCAACUGUUAAGCUGCAUUUUUUUGCUCUGUUAUUCACGAUUCAUGGGAAGACUGGUUGUAUAGGACACGUUUUUAAGACCUAAGUGUCUUGUCCUUUUAUCUAUAGAAAACACUUUUGAAGUUGGUGACUUUACAUCUGUGAAAAUGCCUUUGUUUGGAAAGUCACAGAAAAGUCCACAGGAGUUGGUGAAGUCACUGAAAGAAAGUCUAGCUGCUCUGACUCGUGAGACAGGAAAGACUAAACUGGAAAAGGCCAGUGAAGAUGUAUCCAAGAAUCUUGCAGCAAUUAAGACAGUUCUUUAUGGUACUGAGAACCAGGAGCCACAAACAGACCAGGUGGCACAGCUGGCACAGGAAAUGUACGACUGUAACAUGUUGUACCUACUUGUACAGAACCUGGGCAAAAUAGAUUUUGAGGGGAAAAAAGAUGUUGCCCAGAUUUUCAACAACAUGUUGAGGCGUCAGAUCGGCACAAGAACCCCGACAGUUGACCAUCUUGGUCCCAGAAAGGAAAUACUGUUAGAACUAAUGAAAGGAUACGAGAGCCAAGAAAUAGCUUUGACAUGUGGAAUGAUGUUACGAGAGUGCUGCAGGUAUGAGCAGCUGGCGAAGACAAUGUUGUAUAGUGAUCAGUUCUUCAAUUUCUUCACAUAUGUUGAGGUGUCGACGUUUGACGUUGCCUCAGAUGCUUUCUCUACAUUCAAGGAGUUGUUAACCAAACAUAAGAUGCUUGCGGCUAAUUUUCUGGAAGCUAAUUAUGAGAAAGUGUUCGAACCCUAUCAGAGGUUACUGAACUCUGAGAAUUAUGUGACUAGAAGACAGGCACUGAAGUUGCUUUGAUAGUUACUGUUAGAUCAGCACAACUUUACCAUAAUGACACGGUACAUCAGUAACACUCAUCUCCUUGAUAUGAUGAACAUGCUGAGAGAAAAGAGCCGGAAUAUACAGUUUGAAGCCUUCCAUGUCUAAAAAGUAUUCGUUGCCAACCCCAACAAACCGAAGCCCAUCCUCGACAUUUUACUACGGAACAAAGACAAACUGGUUGACUUUCUCACCAAGUUUCACACAGAUCGCUCUGACGAUGAACAAUUUAAUGAUGAAAAAGCCUACUUAAUUAAGCAAAUAAAAGAAUUAAAACCGACAGAUGAAACGUAACAGCACGACUACGCCUAGGAGAUUUUUUCUUUGUCGACUAAAAUUGAUGUGAUAUGCAUUUUUAUUAUUCAGUUGCAAAA